AUGGCACUGACGAAGCAAAAAACACUAAACGAACCAACGCAAACGGGAGUCGUUUUCAGCCAAGUGGUUAAACCUCAAGGCGAAAACAUCCCGAGAUAUAGGGGUUUGGGUAUUUGGCAGACCAUAAGCUCAUUAACCUCAGAUGAGCUGAUCCAGUUGGAUCCCGCCGUGCUCUGCAUGCCCCACUGGCCAAACAAGGCAAUAAAGUUCAUAGUAAAUGUAGUCAACACUACAGAUUUCUACGUUGGUUUCAAUGUAUAUAUCAUCAGCAGGAAUGCAGCGCGGGACAAGAGACCUGCAGCUGAAGCAUCGAAAGGAAUCCUGCAACCACGAUCCACUAAAAGACAAAUACUACAAUGUAUAUGUCAUCUGCCCGUAGAAGAUUACUUUGUGUGGAGCCGUGUUGUGACUGAAAGUGUCGAAAGCAUAGACAUCACUGGUUACAUGGUUGAGGAAGAGAGUAAGAAACUGCCCUUUAUUAUUCUUAAUGAGGCAAGCCCGGCAUGUAGCUCAAAGGAGCUGAUCCAGUUUGACCCGCCAGAGCUCAGCCUCCCCUUGAUACCAAACAAGCCGUUGGUGUUUUCAGUUAAUAUAGUCAACAGUGCAGAGUGCUAUGUUGGUUUUGAAAAAUAUAACCUGGAAACAAAUGUUGCCCGGUACUACUCACAACCUGAGGGUGCAGUUAUGCCACCACGGUCAACUAAAAGUCUCGUUGUAGAAAGGGUACCAAAGAAAAAGAAGCAAUGCCAAGACGGUCCCCUCAAAAUCUCGAAUGUGGCCCGGUACUACACCGAGAAUGCAGUUAAGCCACCACGGUCCACUCAAAGACUGGUUGUAAAAAGGGUACCAAAGAAAAAGGAGGAGCUGCUUAGUGAGUGCCAAGACGACAAGUUCCUUGUAUGGAGCUGCUUAGUGAGUAAAGGUGCCAAAGCCAGCGACCUUGAUGGUUGUGCUAUAGACGAAGGGAGUAAGGAGUUGCCAAUUGUUUAUAACAAGACAAGCAGCUUAUGCAGCUCAGACGAGUUGAUUCAGUUUGAUCCUCCACAGCUCCCGUUCAACUACCUUCCCAACAUGCGGGUGUCCAUGUUGCGCUUGCUUAAAAUAGUCAAUGUUACAGAUCACAUCGUCGGUUUCAAUACAUGGGCUCAUGAAGACAAUUCUGCGUCCUACGCAAUAGAACCGCGUGCAGGGAUCCUGCCACCACAAUCCACGCAAACAAUCAAGGUAAGAAGGACCCUAAAGGAAAAUCAAACGGAGGACAUGCAGUGCAAAGACAAGAUUUUUGUGUGGAAUGGAAUUGUAACUGAAGGUGUCCAACUUAGCGAUGUCGGUAAAUACUGGAAGGAUGAAGAUAAAGAGUUGAACGUUAUUCUAACAAAGCUCGAGAGCGAGUUGCAAAAAUUUUUAGUAAAUUACAGGGAAGGGCUGGCAAAGCAAGUCAUUUAUAGAUUAUUAGCUCAACUAGCAAAGUGGCCCGCUCGAUGCGCGGCCUAG